CGGCAUCUUUCUCCAUUCCUCCUGCUGGUACGGAGUAGCAUCGCCUAGACUCCAGACUGUGGGUGGCCCUGUCUUGUGCUGUGUGCUCUUCACUAUUGCAUACUUCGUCCACCACUCCUACGGGCGACGACACCAGCAAUUGCCUGCAUCCUCUGAGAUAUGACAGCAGCACUCGCUGUAGUUGGCGUCGCUCACGGUUGCUAUUCAACAUGCUCUCCCGCAUUCCCCCACAAUCCCACAAUGGCUACGCCGAAUUCCACGAUUACGGCCAGAGGCCCGACAUGAUGCAGUCUCAACCGCAGCAACUCUCCUCCAUACUCCACUCCAGUCAACAAUCUUAUGAGAUGGGGUCCAAUCUACAGGCAGGCCGCAAGAGGAGGGAGUCUGAACUGGACGGGAACGUGGCCAACGAUGCCUCGGCAGUUCGCCGCCGAAUCAGUCGAGCCUGCGACCAGUGUAACCAGCUGCGCACAAAGUGCGAUGGAAAACAACCAUGUGCGCACUGUACCGACAAUUCUCUGGUGUGUGAGUAUGCUCGAGCUCACAAAAAGCGCGGAAGGGCGCCCAAAAAAGAGACGGAUCAGAACGAAGACACGGUCAUUGCGAACGUUCCUCCCGCACCGAAUGCCGCGACAAUGAGGCAAGACCUUGGUGUCAGGAAAUAUUCCAGCACUUCGUACACCACACGAGAUGGCCUUGUUGAGCUUGUCGACACCAACGGUAUGCCUUCGAACCACACUCCACCGAGUGCGACAUUCGACACAAGCCACCACAAUCAAAACAGUUUCUUUGCCAGUUUUGACCCUACGACCGGCAUGACCAUGAACAAUGGCGGUCCAAUGCACGAUAUGGACCAGUCGUUGGUACCACAGAUUACACAACCCCGAAGCAUCGAUUUUGCCGUCCCUAACCAAGCAUAUCCUCCCCCGUCUCUGGAUUCUAUGCACGUCCAGGGCACUACCCAAGGGUUCGGCUUUCCUUUGGGAGACGACUACUCCGUCGCAUUCAUGGGCAAGGCGCCCAUGGUUGAGUCGCCGGACUGGUUAGCUCUGACCUCUCCCAUGUUUAUCAACGAGCCCAUGCCCACCCAGCCUCGCAUUACCGACACCCUCCGAUACCCUGUCCUACGACCUCUCCUUCCGCAUAUCGAGCCUAUUAUUCCUCAAGCUCUAGCAUGCGACCUUCUAGAGCAAUACUUCACCAGUUCCACCUCGGCCUAUCUACGACCUGCCAACCCGUAUGUGCUUGGCUAUAUCUUCCGCAAGAAGUCCAUCUUGCACCCUACUGAUCCUCGUCCAUGUACGCCUGCGUUGCUAGCCAGCAUGCUUUGGACGGCUGCGCAGACUAGUGACGCCGCUUUCUUGACGAACCAAUUGGAUGCUCGGGCGAGAAUCUGUCAAAGGCUCUUGGAACUGACCAUCAAUAUGCUCAAGCCAUUGGUUCACAGCCAUCCAAACACCUCUGCACCCACCCCUACCUCUAGUUAUCCGCAACUGCCACCUAAUGAUGCAGGACUCGGCGCACUCGUCGUGCCAUCACAAACGAAUGGUCACGGCACCGACCGUGCACAAAUUGAUAAUCUAGCAACCUACAUCCAUCUCGCUACAGUAGUUUCUGCGAGUGAGAGGAAGGCGGCUAGCUUGCGAUGGUGGAACGCUGCUUGGUCGCUCGCUCGUGAGAUCAGACUCGGUCGUGAGCUACCACCUAAUCCCACUGAGGAAGACGGCGAAGAGAAUAAUGCUACAGAUGGCCACACCGGGGACGGACGCAAAGGCUCCAUGGACGAAAAUCGUCGGAAGCCCACCGGCUAUGUGUCCGAAGAGGAGAGAGAAGAGCGACGACGGACGUGGUGGCUCUUGUACAUGCAAGACCGACAUUUGGCGUUGUGCUACAAUCGACCUAUGUUCUUCCUCAACAAGGAAUGCGAAGGUUUACUGCAACCGCUCGAUGAUGAUGCUUUUCAGGCAGGCAAAUUUGAGCGGGCAUCGGACCCCGCUCAUCGAAGGCGAGGACUGAAUAUUGAAUGCACCUCACACAGUGUAUUUGGGUAUUUCCUGCCUCUGAUGGUCAUUCUAGGAGAAAUUCUGGACCUCAAUCAUGCGCGUAACCGCCCUCGCUUUGGUCCCAGAGCGAACAAGGCCAAGAAUUGGGAUGAGCAUACUGAAGAAAUUGUUCAGCAACUGGAAACGUAUGGGCAGAGUUUGAAGGACUUUGAGGCUUCAGGGGGUCACCUUCCAGAAACGAGCCACAACGAUGUUGUUACACCCUCGGUCGUAUCUGCAGGAACGAACGAGUCACACAGUGCUUCGGAACUGGCGUUGCAGACCAAAACAGUGGUGGCGUAUGGUACGCACAUCAUGCAUGUGUUACACAUCCUGCUGACCGGCAAGUGGGAUCCUAUUGCUCUGCUGGACGACAACGAUCUCUGGAUCUCAUCACAAUCGUUCGUCACAGCAACUGGACACGCAGUCAGUGCUGCGGAAGCGGUUGCCGAGAUCAUCGAGGAUGAUCCUGACUUGAGCUUCAUGCCGUUCUUUUUUGGUGUAUAUUUGCUUCAAGGUAGCUUUUUGUUACUGUUGUUCGCAGACAAACUGCAAGGUGACGUGAGUCCGGACGUUGUGAAGGCUUGUGAAACCAUUGUCAGAGCUCAUGAAGCUUGCGUUGCCACAUUGGAUACCCAAUAUCAGCGCAAUUUCCGCAAGGUCAUGAGGUCUGCAUUACAGCAGGUCCGAGGGCGCAUUCCGGAAGAUUUAGCUGAGCAGCAACACUGGAGGCGCGAGGUGCUCGCCUUGUACAGGUGGACGGGCGAUGGUACAGGUCUCGCUUUGUGAAUAUUAUGUAUAUAUGAUAUCCCACGGCACACACUCGCUGGCAUUGGUGAACGACCCUUCUUAUAUGGGUCCAUAAUGAUGACGAAUUACAACGUAAACAAGGGGUCAAUAGUGAUGACGGGAAAAUGGAACGCGGCAAACUUCGGAGAGCAACAUACAAGGCAUUCCAAGUAUCAA